UCGAAGAUCCGUUUUAAUUGUAGCUGUUGGUCCAUUGCGCUACUCCCCAGUUCACUUGUGUUGUGUGUAAAAACUCAGUAGUGUGAAGCUAUGAGCGGCGAAGCAGAGAGAGACGAUCCAAUGGCGAAAGCCACCAGAGCAGCUGAUGAUCUCUACCAUCUCCGGGAUACUUAUUUUCCGCCAAAUCCAGAUGACAAAAUCUCUAAGCUUCAGGUUCACUCGGAUCUCGCCCUCAACCUCCUCGAUUCCAUCCCUUCUGAAGAAAGAAAACUUCCCAUUCAACGAGCAACAUAUGAGUAUUUAAGGGGAAAGAUAUUAGAUGUAUUUUCUGACUACAGUAAAGAAGCAGAGGACCAUCUCUCAAAAGCUGUUAAGUUGAAUCCAUCCCUUGCGGAUGCUUGGCUGUGUUUAGGUAAUUGUAUUUGGAAGAAGGGAGAUUUAUCUGCAGCAAAGAAUUGUUUUACUCUUGCAUUGAGCAAGGGUCCUAAUAAAAAGAUACUUAGUCAAUUGUCAAUGCUUGAUAGAAAAAUGGCUCAAGGUACUGAGAAUCAGGCAGAACUUGUAGAAGAAAGCAUUCAACAUGCCAAGGCUGCUAUAGCUUUGGAUGUUAAGGAUGGAAAUUCUUGGUAUAAUCUUGGAAACGCAUAUUUUACAAGUUUUAUUAUGACUGGUACUUGGGAUUACAGCAAACUUCAGCAGUCUUUAAAGGCAUACCAAAAUGCUGAAAAGGAUGAAAGAAUGGAGUCCAAUCCUGACUUAUAUUUUAACUGUGCUACUGUAAACAAAUAUUUGGAGAACUAUGAGAGGGCCCUCACUGGCUUUGAAGCUGCUGCUUUAAAGGAUCCCGGUCUCCAGGCUGCUGAGGAGGUUCAGCAGAUUGUUAAUCUUCUUGACAAGAUAGAUAAUAUGUUGGGAUAUGCUAGAGCUAAACGACUUGCAUCUAUAGCAGCGUCUCUGACUACCGUAAUUUUAAAUUCCUCUUACAAAAGAGGUACUAUAGAUGUUCUGCUGGAGGGUCUUAACAAAGAAUUAGCAAUAGUGGGGAAAGUACUAUUCUUCAUCAAACACGAGCGUGUUUCUCCCUUGUACUAUUUGAUCUGUGACUCGAACAAGACAUGCUUUGUUCUAUCAGUGUAUGGUCUACGGAAUGAUGCGAUCAAAGAAGGAGAUCAGGUUGUGCUAUUACAACCCUUUUAUCGCCACAUCGGUUUUUCUUGGAGAGGGAAGACUUACCAGUUCAAAUCAAUUCGUGUGGAUUUCUUAGAACAAAUUGUUGUGAAUGGAAAGGCUUUGUCUCCUCAACAAGCUGUGCAUACCUCGAUUUUUGCCCAACAUAAACCAUAAAUUGUUGUUUGGGAUGGACUUUGAAGUUUCAAGUUAUUUGGUUUUCCUUAUAUAGACUGUCAUUUUUUUUAAUAGGAAUUUUAGGGUGCAGGAAAAGGUGUAUUUUGGCACAAGUUGUCUAGUGAUUAGAAGAAGCCAGCAGUUGCGGACAGGAAAAUGGUACAUCUAAUGAAGUUUGUAAAGUUUGAUUGAAUUUUGUAAGCUGUGCUUCUUUGAGAUUCUCAUGUGAUUUUUAUUUGGAAAAAAAAAUUAUUGACA